UGUCUAUAUAAAUACGUUAUCUUCCAGAUAUCUGCAUAUAUAUUUCAACCUGCCUCCCUUUUGAAUACCCAGACCAGAGUUUCGUGUGGAUUUAAUUAAUUACCGGUACGGUCCACGAAUUGCAGUGGACAAAUUUAUAAAGAUCUGUUUGGCUUUGGUCUAUAAUUUGAUCGUGAAGCAGUGUAAUGGAAGCCACAAAUGUCGCAUCCUGGGAAAAAGUAAAAGACAACUAUGAAAUAUGGAAAACUCUAAUGAAAAACUAUUUGGUGGGCAAUGAUCUGUGGGAUGCUAUCGAGACACCUUCUACUCCGAGACAUGAUGCUCAUCGGAUGAAUGCAAUGGCUUUGCAUAUCAUUCAACGAUCAUGUGGAUCAAAGAAUUUCGAUGAGAUUUGGCAAUUUGAUAAAGCCCAAGCAGCUUGGAAUCACUUGUGCGUUCGUUACAGUGAUAAUGAGUUAAAAGCCAAACCAGAUAUUGAGCAAGGUGUUGUAGGCGAUGAUGAUUUUGAGAAUAAAGAGCUGUACAAGUACGUGGAAGAUGGUGAUUGGAAAAAGACAGAGAGUUUCAUCAGCGGUAACAAGGUGGAAGUGUCGCGUUUGGCGCCGGAUUCAGGUUCGGUUCUUCACGUUGCAGCAAUGGCAGGGCAUGCGAACAUUGUUAGGGAGUUAAUAAGCACGUCAGGAGGAAAAGAAUUACUAAAGAAGACAGACCAGAGGGGUUUUACAGCUCUUGCUCUUGUUGCUCAUCUUACUGGGAACAUCGAUGUAGCAAGGUGCAUGGUAGACAACAUUGACGACAACAAUGUCCGCCAGGAUCUGCUUACUACAAAGAAAAGCAACGUUGAAAUCCCUCUUCUUCUGGCUGCUGAUAAGGGACACACAGAAAUCACUCGCUUUCUUUACGAAAAAACUCCCACGGAUGAGCUCAGCCAACCUGAUUUAGUUUUGCUGCUUGAACGAUGUAUCAAGGCCGAAAUAUUUGAUGUGGCUCUGAAAUUACUUGGAUCUGAUAAACUUAAUAAGAAGGAUGAUUCCUUACCCGCCGACGUCGUCUCUGGCACCUUGCGCCCAUUGGCUCAAAUGCCUUCUGUAUUCUUAAGUGGCUGUCAAUUUGGACUGCUAGGGCGAAUCAUUUAUAAAAUAUACUUCUGUACAGUUUUAAGAGUAGAAAAGAUAUUUCAAAACGGUGGUGGGGAACGUCAUAUAAACAAUUCCUCAGGCAGGUUCUGCAUAUGCGCUUUGAAUUUUCUGCUUGGACCCGUAAAGCUUUUGGGAGGGCUUUGGGGAAUUAGGAAAUUAUCUUAUACCCAUUAUCAAGUUCAAGAAAUAUUGAGACACCUGAAGAAUAUGGUUGCAAAACUUAAUAAUAGACAGCUCAUUGAAGCCUCGGUGUACGAUGCUAUGUUGGAUGCAGCCAAGCAUGGAAUUGUUGAGUUCAUAGAGGCUAUGAGGGAGGCUAACCAUGAGCUCUUAUGGGCCUUGGACAGCCAUAAGAGAGGCGUAUUUUCAUAUGCGGUUCUUAAUCGCAAACAAGACGUGUUCCAACUCAUACAUACUGUCAAUGGAAGGAGGGAUAUAAUCAAAUCUCGUAAAGACAGGUUUGGAAAUAACCUUUUGCAUCUAGCAGGACAUUUAGGGCCUUCCUCUGAGCUUAGUCAAACGCCCGGGGCUGCUCUGCAAAUGCAAAGAGAAUAUAAAUGGUUUGAGGCGGUGGAGAAAAUUGUGCAUCCCAAGUGUAGGGAAGAAAAAAAUGGUGAUGAUAAGAAGCCUCAUGAGCUAUUUACUGAAACGCACAAGGAGCUUGUGAUAGAUGGAGAGAAAUGGGCAAAACAGUCAGCUAAGUCAUUUUCAAUUGUGGGUACUCUGAUGACUACUAUCUUGUUCGCUGCGGCCUUCACAAUCCCAGGUGGAAACGAUGAAAAAACUGGAGUGCCCAUUUUCUCAAACAACAUGGCAUUUACUGUGUUUAUCAUAGCAGAUUCAAUAUCUGUCUUCACUUCUGCCACUUCAGUGAUGAUAUUCAUUUGGAUCCUCACAUCGCGUUUCGCUGAAAGAGACUUUCGGCUAUGGUUGCCGUUGAAGUUACUUUUAGGCCUUGUCUUCCUUCUCUUCUCUGUGGUAUCCAUGAUGGUUGCCUUUUGUGCUGCACUUGCUAUAAUACUCAAGGCAUAUAGGGCAUACAGGUACCUCAUUAUAGGAGCUGCAAUAUGUGGGAGCAUGCCAAUUACGGUACUCGUAAUAUCACAGGUCAAUCUCAUACGUGACAUUUUAAAAUCUACAAUAAGUCCCAUCGGUUGAAAAACAAGAAACAAAAGAUGCAUGGGGAUUAAUAUAUAUAUAUAUAUAUAUAUAUAUACACAUGUUUGCAUGUAUGUUUGAAAUUUGCUGAAAACACAGGCCAGGGGUGAUAUUCAAUUUUCUUGCGAAUUCGAUCGUAACGAUUAAUUAGCCAUUUCUUGUUAUAAAUUCCUCUUAAUUAUUGCUCUAAUUCCUUUCCUAUGCGUUUUCGUACCACAUGCCUUUGUAAACAAAUAGCAUUACUCGUCGAUUUAUCAUUUCUUUCUCUUUGGUUGUACAGUACACCUAGUGGUGUCUACAAAACGUUUUCCAAUUUUCAUUGGGAAAAGCUAGGCAUAACAAUUAUCAAAGAAUUGAACAUUUGGAUCA